AUGUCCGACUCAAACGACGGAGAAAUCAACUUCGUUCUCUACCAUUACACGCCAUCAAUCGUAGCCGCCAUCAUCUUUGUUGUGCUUUUUGCACUCGGAUUCUUCGGACAUGUGUUUUACAUCUUCAAGCUGCGUGCUCGCUAUUUCAUUCCAUUCACCAUUGGUGUGCUGCUCGAAUGUCUUGGAUACGUUGGACGUGCUCUCUCACACAGCGACAAGGAAGCUCUAGGGCCUUUCAUCAUGCAAAGUCUUCUGAUUCUCGUCGCACCUGCACUGUACGCAGCCUCGAUCUACAUGGUUCUCGGUCGCAUCAUCCGCCGUCUUGAUGCCGAAGAGUACUCGGUCAUCCGCACCAAGUGGCUGACCAAGGUCUUCGUCAUUGGCGACGUCUUCUCCUUCCUCGUCCAAUCCUCUGGUGCUGGACUUCAGGCCAAGGGUGAUCUCGACUCUUUCAACCUCGGAAAGAACAUUGUCAUCGCUGGUCUCAUCAUCCAGAUCAUCAUCUUUGGCUUCUUUGUAAUUGUGGCCGGUCUAUUCCACGUCCGCGUCAACAAGCUCCCCACCGGUGCAUCCGUCGAUUCAAACUUGAGCUGGCGCAAACACAUGUACAACCUUUACUUCUGCAGCGCCAUCAUCCUUAUUCGCAACCUCAUCCGUGUGGUCGAGUAUGCUCAAGGAAACAACGGCUACAUCAUCACUCACGAGUGGAUGCUUUACAUCUUCGACGCUGUCUUCAUCUUCUUGGUCACCGUUGCUUUCCUUGUCUUGCACCCCAGCAAGCUUUUGGGCAGCGGGCGUUUCCCUGCUCGUCCUUCAAGCGAUCCCCAGCUCUAUGCCAUGGAGAGUGGUCGUAGCCAGGUUAGAUCACACCGCCGCCAUUCCAAGCAUAGACACAGUCGUACUCAUUCGCAUUCUAGACACCCCCACAAACAUCAUCAACACCAUUCAGCAAGACCGAGAGGCCCUAGAUCUCCUCAUCGAUCUUCGAAGCAUGAUCGCCGAAGGAUAUCGCGCGAAACAUGA